UCUAAACACAACUGCAUGAUCCAGAAGACUCAUUUACAAAGCUGUACUUGGACUUUCACUAAAGCGAUGACAACAUGAACGGAAAUAUUUGAAAAUGGACACCAUGUUCAUUUUUGUUUUUGCGAUUUUUACAAUAUCUGAAGUAAACUUGUCUUUAGGGUUCACAGUGAAAGGUCUGUCAGGUCCUCUGGUUGUUCCUCUGGGAGGUUCAGUUCUUCUGCCCUGUUCUGUUCAUUCACUCUUAUCGAUGGAGGAUCUGGAGGUGGAAUGGAGUAAAUCACAGACUCUCGUUCAUCUGUAUCAAGAUGGAGAUAUUAGACCAGAAGCCCAGCAUCAGAGUUUUAAUGAUAGAGCUAAUUUCUUCACUGACAACAUUAAACAUGGAAACUUCUCCCUCCUGUUGAAGAACGUGACAGCUCAAGAUGAGGGACAAUACACAUGUACAGUCUACAGUGGACGCGAGUCUCAUGAAACUGUGGUGGAAAUUAAAGAUGUCGAGCGUCUGACCGUGUCUGGAUCAGAUCAGUCUAUAUCAGUGUAUGUUGGUGAUGACGUCACUCUGAACUGCUCUGUGGACUCUCACAUCCCUCCUAAAGACAUUGAAGAGGUGUCAUGGAAGAAAAGAGUCGGAAAUGAAUACAUUACAAUUCUGCUCUAUCAAAACAACACGAUUCAUCCAGAAUCAUCAGAUGAGCGAUACAGAGACAGAGUUGAGUUCUUCACUGAUGAAAUCCACAGAGGAAACUUCUCUCUCAGACUGAAGAGAGUCAGAACUGAAGAUAAAGGAGUUUACGUGUGUCAAGUGUUUGCUGGACAAUUCUCAGACAGCACAACUGGAAUACUGGAACAACUGGGUUUGUCUGGUUCACACAUAAUGGUGUUGAUUCUGUGUAUUUCUGCAUGUGGAUCUGCUCUUCUGUUCUGCUCUCUCAUCUACUGCAGACCAAACAACACAGUGUUCACUGUGGAAGGUUCUUAUGGAGCAGUUCCUUUAGGAGAUUCAGCUGUUCUCCCCUGUUUCAUUGAUCGACAUUUAGUAACUAAAGAUCUGGAUGUGGAAUGGAGAAGAUCAGACUCGCAGAUUCUGAUUCAUAUGUACCAUGAUGGAAAUAUUGGACCAGAGGUCCAGCAUGAGGAUUAUCAUGAGAGAGCUUGUUUCUUCACUGAUGACAUUAAACAGGGAAAUUUCUCUCUCCUGUUGAAGAAUGUGACAACUGAUGAUUUGGGACAAUACACAUGUAAAGUGUUCAGACAACAGAGACCUGUGAUGUCAGUCAGAGUGGAUUUAAAUUUAUAUGGUGUAGGGUUCAUUAUUAAAUAUUCUUGUGAUCUGGUUGUUCCUCUGGGAGGUUCAGUUCUUCUGCCCUGUUCCGUUGAGUCACUUUUACCAAUGGAGGACUUGGAGGUGGAAUGGAGUAAAUCAGGAUUACAGAAACCAGUGUUUGUGUAUCAAGAUGGAGAUAUUAGACCAGAGGUCCAGCAUGAGGAUUAUCAUGAGAGAGCUUGUUUCUUCACUGAUGACAUUAUACAUGGAAACUUCUCUCUCCUGUUGAAGAAUGUGACAACUAAAGAUGAAGGAGAAUACACAUGUAAAGUUUACACACAGACAACUAUGUUUUCAGUCACCACAAAAUUGCUAGUGAGACAACUAGAUUCAGUUUUUCGUCUUCAAAUGUUUUUAGUCUUUUGUCCAAAUAUCAUCAUGUUCUUUGCUUUUGUCUUCUGGGGUGUUUCUGAAGGGUCUGUGAAUGAGACAGUCUGCUGUUGUGCUCUAUAUAUUGUCAGACCUCUCAUGUUACUCUGGGCAGCUUCAUAUAUUUUUGAGUUUAAAGGCAAAAUUAAAUCACUUGUUAUGGAGUACAGUUGUGUUGCAGAGUAUUUUGUUUUGACUGCUGUUGUUUAUUCAGCACUUUUUACAAAUACUUGGGAGAAACUUCUGAAUUAUGCAGAAUUUGAAAGAGUCUUGGUAUUACUCCUCUAUAUAGUAAUGAUUCUGUGCUGCCUUGGCAAAAGUAUUUACAUUUUAGCUGCACAGAUUGGAAUCAGAUGUGGGCGAACAAUUAAAAUGUUUGACAUUGUUGCUGAUCUGACCUUUGAAAUUCUGCCAACAUUACAAUUCAUUCUUCUUUUCUACACAUUUGGAUCGGCCAGAGCAGGACUCAUCAUUGUUUCAGUUUUGCCACUUUUACUAACACUGACAAAUGAAAGAAUGUUUUAUAAAUGUGAUUACCACUUCAGUUGGUCAGUGUCAGUCAUAAGAACAGUGUGGCUCAUUGUCACAUUAGUGGUGAAUGCAGUAAUGAUCGGCCUUUACAUCAUUACACUGGAAUAUAAAACAGAUGCGGUUGGAUGGGCUUGUGUGAUGGUGUUUCUGCAGAUACUCUGGACUGUUGUGAGAUUCUCCGAUCAGUCUUAUUAUUUCUCCAUUGCUCGAGAUUUUCACCGUUUUGUCUCUCUCUAUGUGUUUGGUUCAGUUGGUGUUGUUGUAAUCAGCGCUGUUGCUCUAAUGACUGAACUGAUACUGAAAACAGUAAAUGGUGAGCGUGCAGUGAUGGAUCUGAGAUGCAUUCUGUAUCCCUCUGAAUGUUUCUUCAUCAUGUCGUUGAUGAUUUCAGGACAACUUGCACCUAAGAUGAAAGAAUAUCUGACAUUCUGCCAGAGAUCAGCAGGAUCAGAGACUCCAGCCACUGGAUCAAACCAGAAGCAGAACUAUCAUGAACUGAAACCUCUCAUGAAAACUGAACAUCACAAGACUAUUAGGAGUGAAGAUCACAUUCAGCCUGAUUCGGUGAUCGCACAAUCAUGACAGAAGAUCAUUCACAAACACUCUGACUGUUAGAUCAAACUCUCAUGAGCUCUACAAGUGUCACAUAUCUGCUCCUGCCACCAGAGGUCGCCACACACCACACUGACUGUUUCACCCCGGACUCUUAUUCCCAAGAUCCCUUCUGAUUACACCCUCACCUGUCAAUCACCCAGACACUAGCCACACUCACUCCAUUUACACACUGCUCAGUAUUGUUCGUCUAGUGCUUCAUUUUAAGAGAUUAUCCUUGCCUUGUUUUUGAUCCUUUGCCUGGUCCUGUUUUACAUUUACAUUUACAUUUACGUUUAGUCAUUUAGCAGAUGCUUUUAUCCAAAGCAAUUUACGGGAGCAAUAAGCGAUAUGUCAUACAGGAGCAAUAAUAGGUGCCAAUACAAAGUUACUGGUUUCAACAAAAGCCAGACCAAUACCUGUUGAGAGAAAGGGUUAGUGUUGGUGUUUUUUGUUUUGUUGUUUUUUGUGACUGUCUGUCACUGGAUUAUCCCUUGUUUUGCUCCUUUGGAUAUUGUUUGCUAGAUGUCGACCCUUGCUCGUCUGACCACUCUGUCUGUUAAAAAAAGCUGCAUUUGGAUCCGACCCAAUAAGACUGACAGAUUUUAUUUGUCCUGGGUGCCAAGGCCCUCAAUUUGGUACUCCGAUCCACAGCAUGAUGUCAGAAAUUUGACUUUAGAAAAUUGACCUUAGUUCUGUGUUUAUUUGGCAGUUUUGCCAAAGUGCUUUUACCUUUGGAAUGGUACAGACUCCUGGAAAACAUUUUCAGGAGAAAAAUGUGUUUUUCAGGAAAAACAUGUACAGCUCAGUUUGAAUUUAAAGCUACAUUCAUAAAGCAAAUCCUAACCCAUAAUACAAUUUUAACCAUUUCACUAAUGAGGUCAGAAAAGGGAAAUAUUACUACAGAAGAAAAUGCAAAAAACAAACUACUAUCAAAACUACUUAUUGGACAAACUAAGUAUAACAUUACUUUACAGUAGUUGGCCAUUGAUUUGUAAUGUAUACCAGAGCAUUUUUGUGUUGCUUAUUUCGUCUCACUUAUGAGAAAUCUGAUGUGAAUGGACAAGCUUUUUUUUUUAUUUGAGGUUAGAUGUCAAUACAAUUGAAAUAAUUAUCUCUUAAUUUGACCAACAUUCUAAAGCAUUACUAAAAACAACUGUUAAUGCAGCUGAGGCCUAACGUGUUUGCUAACGUUUGAUAAAGUAUGAUGGUUGCUGUGUAUCAAAAUGAUUUUCAGUUUAGAGCAACAUUAAAGAAUAUGCAAUGUGAAACUCCAA